AAAAAAAAGAAAAAGAAAAGUGGGGGAAAAAAAAAAUCCCUUUCGGGUAUUCCUCCCUAUUCUGUACUACCGUAUGAAAAACAAAGGAGGACAUGAAAAAUUCGAUGAAGUGUUCCUAGGGUUCUUCCAGCUUCGCGAUUUUUCCGUCCAGUAGUCGUCCUCUUCAGGUUCUGCACCGAUCAAUUAGUUUCUUCCGGCACGCACUCCGUUUACUGCCAGCUGCAUUACUAAUUUGCAAUCUGCCAUGCUGCGGAGGUCAAUUUUGCAGCUUUCUUCGUGUAGAUCAAAUGGAAGGAUUCCGAUACAGAUUACAACUCAGAUGCCCUCAUAUCUUGCUUCCAGGAGAGCAAUAUCAGCUACACCACAGAGCAAUGAGCCUAAAGGGCCAUCGACUGAUGAAGCUGCCAAGUCUGGAAUUUCGUUUCCCGUGAUACUUGGAGGGGUUGCUGCAGGUGCUGCAUCUGUAGUGGCUUACAGAACUGGUUACUUGGACAAAUACUUUGGCGAAAAGCCGCAUAGCACUCCUGUGGAAGCCAAGGUGCCCGUUCAAGAUCAACAUGGUUUAAACAGUGACAAAGAUUCUCAAGAAGAUUUACCGUCGGUUGGCUAUUCCACAGAUCAGGGCAAUAGUGUUUUAACUUCAGAUGUGAAGCCUUCUGAGAAAGACUUUGUAGUUGAUUCAGGUUCCUCCCAAGAUUCAAGCAGUAAACAAGUGGAAAGUCAGAAUCAGGUGAAUGAUACGUCAGAAGUGGAAGUACCAGAGCAUAUAAUUCAUACGCCGGAGGACCAGUUACCUAGCUCCUUCGUUAGCACGAAUGAAUCUGAUGAUAGAACUGAGGAUGUACCUAAACAAUCCGAAGAGAAUGUGGGUUUGAAGAAGCCAGAGGUUAUUGAUCAUGAUCAGCGGAAGGCAGUUGAAAUCACGCCUUCACUUCAAGAGGAAACUACAGCUAGUCAAGACAGUGGAAAGAAUAGCAUGCCUGUGCCCCAGCCCUCCAUUUCUGACUCACCUAAGGAUGAUCUGGAUGAUGCAUCAAAGCAGCCUGCUUCCCUUCUUGGUGAAUAUUAUUUGAAAAACGACAGUGAAGAAGCAACGCUGGACUCGAGCAAAUCUGAGGUGAGAUCAGCUGCAGCACUCAAAGCACUUGAGGAGGAAAUGGAGGAGAAGCUUAAAGCAGAGCUUGAAAACAAGGCAAAUGAAGCAGAGUUGGAGCUUAAAAAAGUGCAGGAACUCGCCAAAGCAGAAUUGGCUGCAGCAGUUGCGCGUGAGAAAGCAUCACAGAUUGAGAAAAUGGCAGAGGCUAAUCUCCAUAUUAAUGCUUUGUGUAUGGCAUUUUAUGCUCGGUCUGAGGAGGCUCGUCAGAGUCAUUCUGUUCACAAGCUUGCAUUGGGAGCGCUUGCACUGGAAGAUGCACUGUCCAAGGGUCUUCCAAUUCAACAGGAAAUAGAGGCUUUGUCCACUUAUCUUGAAGGCAUUGAUAAAGAUUCACUCUUAGAUUUAGUUUUACUUUCACUUCCAGAAGAAACACGGAGAAAUGGCACUGAUACUUUGUUGCAGUUAAAUCAGAAGUUUAAUGCCUUGAAAGGAACAAUUCGUCAUUUCAGCUACAUUCCCCCUGGAGGAGGAGGGAUUUUGUCACAUUCAUUGGCGAAUGUAGCUUCCACUCUAAAGGUUAGUGAGGCUGACCAGUCCGGUGAUGGAAUUGAAUCUCUGAUGAACAAAGUUGCCAACUUCUUAGCUCAAGGAAAGCUCAGCGAAGCUGCAGAUGCUCUUGAAAAUGGGGUGAAAGGUACCCAAGCAGCAGAAGUUGUUGGUGACUGGGUUACGCGGGCGAGGAAUAGAGCUAUUACAGAGCAAGCAUUGACCCUUCUACAAUCUUAUGCAACUUCAAUCAGCUUAACAUGAUACCAUACUUUUGAGGGUAAAAAUUUUCUCCAUUCUGUCCUCGCCACGAGAACAUUACGGUCAGUACAGUGUAUAAGUGCUAAACUUUUAGGCAAUUGCAGCAAUUUUUUCUCUUGUUGCAGCUCUGUGGAAAUCCUAUAAUGCCUACGGCGCAAAGAUGUAAAAUACUUAGUACUACUAAUUCGGUCUCCUGUUAAAGAGUUUUCGGGUUUAUACACAGAAUGAAUAAUUGUUCAGAUAGAGAUAGAUGAACUGCUACAAUCUUUUGAGGCAUUUCAAUAUGAAGUUAUGGGAACAAACUUUUUUGCCUUGAUUAAACAAUCAGUUUGUAGGCUUUCCUUUUACUGGUCUACUAAGAUGAAUGCAGAAUUUUUAUUUACAGGUUUGUUUCGGGUAAAUUCACUGUCCCGACUAAUUUUGAUCCCAGAAAACUUACCGAAAGUUCUCAGGAGGGAAAAACGCAUCAAACUACUAAUUGCCCAGAGAAUGAUUUUCCAAUAUCCUAGACCCAAAGUACUAUCUGCU